AUGGAUGAAUACACCACAGACCUCUUCAUCCCGCGUCAGGACUCGCCAGAGCCCCCCGCUCAUCAUGACCAUGUUCUCGACGAGCUGCCUCCAUCAACACCUCCACGUCCUCAGCAGCAGCAGCAACAGCAGCAGCAAAACCGGCACGACGAUCAGAACGCCAGCGACACCUCGCCCUUGUCAGGUCGCAAAGGCUUUCGCGGCCGCGUAGCUGGUGCCGCCCUGACGAAGAAGCAUAGCAUACAGGAUCGUCUCGUGGAAAAGCUCCUGCAACAGGUCAUGCCCGACUCGGAAGGCAUCAGCGCCGGCGAUGAACCGCUCGCCGACGGCAUCCCCUCCGACAAGAGGCCCGCCUUUGCUGAGCGGCCCAACUUCAACAUCACGACAAUGUCCAACAACUUCCGACGCUUCAACGCCCGCAUCGGCGUCGUCUUCCAGUUCCAGGCCCAGGCCACGCGCCUCGUCACAUGGCAGCAUCCCACCCACACGCUGUCCUUCCUCUCCGUCUACACAUUCGUCUGUCUCGACCCCUAUCUCGUCGUUGCCCUGCCGCCGGCCAUCCUGUUGCUCGCCGUCUUCAUCCCCUCCUUCCUCGCCCGCCACCCGGCGCCGCCCUCAGGCACCCUCUCCUCCGAGCAGUCCUUCGGCUACUCCCCGCGCGGCCCGCCCCUCGCCCCGGCCCCGACUGUCAAGCCUGUCAAGGAGCUCUCGAAGGACUUUUUCCGCAACAUGCGCGACCUGCAGAACGUCAUGGACGACUUCUCCAACGCCCACGACCGCAUCAUCGCCCUCUUCCAGCCCCUGACCAACUUCUCCGACGAGCCCCUCUCGUCCUCCCUCUUUGCCGGCCUCACCCUCGCCGCCCUCGCCCUCACCAUCACGGCCGCUCUGCUGCCGUGGCGCUUCAUCUUCCUCCUGCUCGGCUGGGCCGCCCUCUUCCUCGCCCACCCCACCAUUGCGACGACCCUGACGACGGCCCACAAGGUGCACGUCGCGCCGCACGAGCGCCGCGCCGUCAGCUCCCUGCGCGCCUUUGCCGCACGCGACACCAUCCUCGACUCGGCCCCCGAGACGCGCGAGGUCGAGAUCUUUGAGCUCCAGCGCGCCGCGCCCGCCUCGGGCGAGUGGGAGCCCUGGCUCUUCUCGCCCUCGCCCCACGACCCCCUCUCGGCGCCGCGCAUCGCCCGCCACCGUCCCGUCGGCGCCCGCUUCUUCGAGGAUGUCCGCCCGCCCGACGGCUGGGUCUGGAGCGAGAAGAAGUGGGCCCUCGACCUCUGGAGCCGAGAGUGGGUCGAGGAGCGCAUCAUCACGGGCGUCGAGGUCGAGACCGAGGGCGAGCGCUGGGUCUACGACAUGUACGACGAGCGCGAGGCCGCCGCCGCCCGCGCCGCCGAGCGCAUGCCUGCCGAUGACGACGAGGGCGGGCCCGCCGACGUUGUCGACUGGAGCGUCCGCGGCCGCCCCAAGGUCGUGCCGCUGCCGAGCUGGGAGGAGGGCGACGACGGCGAGGGCCGCCGCGGCGAGUGGCGCCGCCGCCGGUGGGUGCGCCUUGUCAAGAGGCGGGCCCGCACCGACAGCGAGAGUGCGUAG